AUGGAGGCAUCGCUCGCCUCACCCUCGCUGCAACAGCAGCCACCCGUCAAGCCGAAUGUCCCUCGAAGCGAUGCCGCUCCUCCGACAAAAAAGAAGACCAGACGGGGUGGUGAUCCCGCCCUACAGAAGCGACGAUGUGUAUCAACAGCUUGCAUAGCGUGUCGAAAGCGAAAGAGCAAAUGCGAUGGCGCUCUGCCAAGUUGCGCUGCUUGCGCCAGUGUUUAUGGGACCGAAUGUGUAUACGAUCCUAACUCAGACCACCGGCGAAAGGGUGUGUAUCGUGAGAAAAUUGACAGCUCCAAGGCGCGUAACUCAACCCUCCAGAUACUCAUCGAAGCGAUUCUGAACGCCACCGAGGAUGAAGUGCCAGAAAUUGUAAGAAGAAUUCGGACAUGCGACAGCCUUGAUGUUGUAGCCGAGGCGAUCCUGAAAGAAGGAGUCGGUAACCCAGAAGCUGAUGACAACGAAAUACUGGAGGAAAACUAUACCACCGAUUCGCCCGUAGAAGGGGAAAGAGACUUGGCCCGGAAGAUGGGUGAGUUGAGAUUGGAAAAUGGCUCCGUACGGUUCAUUGGCGGAACGUCGCACUUGAUAUACUUGGGCAAUCCGACUGUGCCGAAUCCGGAACCCGAACCUUCGGAUAUGGACUUGAACUUGGACCCUAUAACGAGUUGGUCAGAGGUCACGAAGGACCCGGAGCUCGUUGUGCAUCUGUUGAACAUGUAUUUCACCUGGCAUUACUCCUACUUUGCGACAUUGUCCAAGACUCUAUUCUACCGGGACUUUUUCAGGGGCAAGCCACAUGGCGUUUUACACAAAACAACGUACUGCUCGUCGUUACUGGUCAAUACCAUGCUUGCUCUUGGGUGUCAUUUUACGAAUGUGGCUGGCGCAUAUGCCAUUCCAGAAGACAGCUGGACCAAAGGCGACCAUUUCUUUGCUGAAUCCAAAAGACUGAUUGUCGAACAUGACGAGUACGAGAAACCCAGAUUAACAACCGUUCAAGCAUUAGCUCUCAUGUCUGUAAGAGAAGCUGGUUGCGGGCGGGAGGCCAAAGGUUGGGUCUAUAGUGGUAUGAGUUUCAGAAUGGCCCAGGACCUGGGCCUCAAUCUUGACAUAGGGGGUUUUAACACAGGAACUGAGCAAUUGGAUGAGACGGAGAUGGAUGCGCGAAGGAUGACCUUUUGGGGGUGUUUUCUGUUUGAUAAAUGCUGGUCUAACUAUCUUGGACGUCUUCCCCAGCUGCCAAAGGGCUGCUACAAUGUUCCUAAAUACGACGUCUUUCCCGACGAGGAUGCCGAAGAAUGGUCCCCUUACACGGACACUGGAUCAGAUCAGACAUCCAAGCAACCAUCACGGACACGGGCAAUCGGUCUCGAGCUAUCGAAACUAUGUGAGAUUAGUGGCGAUUUGCUACUCUUCUUCUAUCACCCAAACCAUAUUGGCAGGUCAAGUGGCAAAUCGAUCGAAUUGAAAAAACUCAGCGAGUUGCAUCGGCGCCUCGAAGAAUGGCGGAAAGAACUGCCGAUUGAGCUUGAGCCAAAGGAAGGCCAAUUACCACAUGCAAUCCUUAUGCACAUGUUCUUCCACCUCCAAUAUAUCCAUCUGUUUCGACCAUUCCUCAAAUAUGUGCCAUCUGCGUCGCCUCUGCCACCACAUGUCUCGCCACGCAGAAUAUGCACUGCAAAUGCUGGAGCAAUCUCCAAACUAAUGCGACUAUACAAGAAGCUCUAUAAUUUGCGUCAAAUUUGCAACAUUGCAGUGUAUAUGAUACACUCGGCUUGUACCAUUCAUCUGCUGAACCUCCCGGAGAAGACCGCCAAAAGGGACAUCAUACAUGGUGUAAAAGCGCUAGAAGAGAUUGCAGAAGAUUGGCUGUGCGGUCGUCGUACACUAAGCAUCAUCAGUGUCCUCGCACGUAAAUGGAAUGUGGAGUUGCCUGAAGAGGCUGCUCACGUUUUACAGCGCACAGAUGAAAGAUGGGGAACUUUCAACACAUCAGACGUACCCUCGCCACGAUCCCAUAUGAAUACAUCGCCGUCACCGCCGGCCAUUGGAGGACCGUCGCCUGCAGCAAAGCAGGAGCAAUACAGUCCCGUAAACCAUUCCGCCCGGCCUGUUACGACUUCCAAUGGCCCAAUAGCUCCAGGAUCAACCAUGUCCCAAGACAUUUUCAGCGGAUUGGCCACAUCGCCUACUGAAUUUGCCAGGAUUCCCGGUUUACAAGGCAUCAACAAUGCGGCAUUGGUGGGUCUGGAGGUCAAUCGAAUGAACAACCAAACCUGGCGCGAACCUCCGGUGACGCGAGCCAUUCCCAGUUAUGCUCGUUCAUAUGCCCCAGUCUCAAACAACACAAGUUCCGGCCGUACUACACAAACUAGCACUCGAAACGCGACUCCUAGUUCUGCUUCUGCUUAUGCUGUCGAUGGCAGUGACUGGUACAUUAAGGAUGGCGUCAACUGGCAAUCAGGCUUCGAUGCGUGGAAUCUGGGCAAUGCAGCCAAUUCUAGCAGUAAUGCUUUGGGCGACUCCUCUAUUUUCACAUUCACCGGCAAUACGGGGAAUGCGGGGAACCCGGGAAGUCCAAACUCACAGCGUUCUCCAGGCGUGAACAAUUUUGACUUUGACAGCUUGAACAAUCUGCCGAAUUCUAUGAACGGUUGGGACUCCCUUAAUGGCCUGGACUGA